AAGCUCAAUUCAAUGGAAAGGGGAGAUAGCUAGUGUAAGCUUAGAGAAACUAUCACCCAAAGUAAUAAAUAACCUUAGAAUGAUCUAAAAAUUAAAAAAGAGAAGAAAACAAAUUAUAAUAUAAAAAAAAAAGUUAGUAGUAGUAGUAGGUGUAUGAGAUGAGAGAAUUCUUGUAGUAAAGCCUUCUUUUUUGGCUUAUAAAACAAACCAAAAUGCUUUAGUCAUUAGUUGUGUGGUUACGACUUGGCUCUUUCAUUUCAUUCAAUCCCUUCUCUCACCCACUCUUAACCUCCUCAUUUAUAACCAUUCAUUCCCACCUGUCCAAAAUGCCCCUCGCCGCCCCCGUAGCUUCAGGUCAAACUGUUUGUGUCACCGGCGCCGGUGGCUUCAUUGCCUCUUGGCUUGUCAAGCUUCUUCUUCAAAAGGGUUACAUUGUCAGAGGGACCGUGAGAAACCCAGAUGAUCGAAAAAAUGAUCAUUUGAAAGAGCUGGAUGGAGCUGAGCAAAGGUUGACGCUGUACGGUGCUGAUCUUCUUGAUUUUGAGAGCCUUAAAGCCGCCAUUGACGGUUGCGAUGGUGUUUUCCACACAGCGUCUCCGGUGACCGAUGACCCAGAAAAGGUGGAGCAGGCAGUACUUGGGACAAAAAAUGUUAUAAUGGCGGCGGCAGAGGCCAAGGUCCGGCGAGUGGUGUUCACAUCAUCGAUUGGAACUAUUUACAUGAACCCUAAUCGUAGCCCCGACGCGGUGGUGGAUGAGUCUUGUUGGAGUGAUCUCGACUUUUGCAAAAAUACUAAGAAUUGGUAUUGUUAUGCAAAAACAGUGGCAGAGCAAACAGCAUGGGCAAUGGCAAAGGAGAAAGGGGUGGAUCUAGUUGUGGUGAAUCCAAUGUUGGUGCUUGGACCAUUAUUACAACAAUCAAUAAAUGCAAGUGUUGCUCAUAUCAUGAAGUACUUGACGGGCUCUGUCAAGACUUAUGUCAAUGCGGUUCAAGGGUAUGUUCAUGUUAAGGAUGUUGCAAAAGCUCACUUGUUGGUGUAUGAGACUCCUUCUGCCUUUGGUAGAUACAUUUGUGUUGAAACUAUGCUUCAUCGAGGAGAAUUAGUUGACAUUUUGGCUAAGUUCUUCCCCGAGUAUCCCAUCCCUACCAAGUGCUCUGACCAGGUGAACCCUAAGAAGAAACCUUACAAAUAUAGUGUGAAAAAGCUCGAGGACUUAGGCAUGGAGUUCAUACCUGUGAAGCAAUGCAUAUAUGAAACUGUGAAGAGCCUUCAAGACAAGGGUCAUCUUCCACUUCCUUAAUAUUACAAUUACAAAUAUUUCAAUCUAAUUCUACCACUCUUCAUUAUAAAAGCCAAUUAACUUAAACAUGAUAUAUAUAUAUAUAUAUAUAUAUAUAUAUAUCCUAAUGAGAAAGGUAACAAACAUGUAAAGAAAGAUGGGGAGAUCAAAGAAACUAUUAUAGAUCUUGCUAUCCCCCAUUUCUUAUAUUGAGAAACAUAAAUAUACAUAUAUACAUAUAUAUACACAUAUAAACCAAAUUAUAGAAAAUGUAAUAUAUGGAAAUGUUUAUUUAGUUAAUUAGUAUAUAGAUAUUUGAAUUCUCCUUUCCUUAUAUGUUUCCUAUUAUAUGUAAUCAGUUUAGCGGAGGAUAUCUAUGUAGGGGUCUCAUGGGCACGUGCCCUUAAAUUUUCGCUGUUUUAUAUUUUUAAUAUAAAUUGUAAGUAAAUAGCUAUAUAUGUAAGUAAUUUCAUGUAAUUUAAUUAUCAAAAUCUUUGUAUGAAA